GUCUAACCAGCUUCCUUGCGGACGCAACCACCGCUUCGGAUUCGCCGGCCGCCGCCGCUCCGCCUCCUCGCCGCUCACGGCAACCGACCGCGGAGAGAGGCGUCGAGGCGUGAUGCUUCCCGCCGCCCGGUAGCGCGUUGCGGAUGCUGUGGCCUGUGAGGCUCUCUGCCGCCGCUUGGGGAUCUGGGCUGCUGCUCCGGCCGCGGUGGUGGUGAACGGCGGCGACAGGCGCCGGCGAUGGCGAUGUCGGCGAAGGAGAGGAAGCUGAGCAGGCUCGGGAGUUGCAAGGGUAGUCCGGCGGCGGGAGGCAGUGGAGGUUCCCCCGCCGCGAGGGGUCACCGGUCGCCGGCGGCGGGGCCGCAGCGGCGUCUGUUCGCGGCGCUCUUCGCGUUCCUGUGCGCCGGCGUGGUCGUCCUCGGCGGCGUGCACGUCAUUGGAGCAUCGUUCCGGCCGGUGCUCAGGACGGCGUGGCCGUCGGGGACGCUGAGCGCCAUUUCUUCUGAUGCCGGAGCGCGGCAAGCUGGGGUUGGUGCGGACACCGUGUUGCCGUCAGUCCAAAUCCGGCACGCGGUUGCCUUUCCGGACCGUGUUCUCCUGAUCCUCAAGAACGGGUCGUCGCUGCCAGCUCCGGAGCAGUUUGAGUGUCUGUACUCCCCUGCCAAUUCCUCGGAGCUGCGCCACCAAGCCCUCUUGGCUGUGUCCUUGCCAGAUGGAUCCAGCGUCGUCCAUUGCCCUGCUGAGCCAUCUGGUGUGGACGUCUCUCUGUCCCUGUCCCUGUCACCUCCAGUGGCGCCGCUACAAUGGGACAGGCUUGUGUACACCGCACUUGUUGACAGCAGGGACAACUCCACCGUUGUGUUCGCUAAGGGGAUGAACCUCCGUCCAGGCCGUUUGGGUGUGGCGUCACGGUAUCAGUGCGUCUUUGGCCGGGACCUAUCGAAGCCGAAGCAUGUGCUCACCUCCCCUUUGAUUUCUGCAGCACAGGAGAUUUUCAGGUGUGUGACACCAGUUCGCAUUCGCCGGUACCUGAGGAUGUCAAUGGAUGCCAAUGGCAAUGGAGACAGUGAUGACAAACCUAUGUUGGUCUCCAUCAGGACUAAGGGCCUGAGGGAUUCUACACUUCCCUCAAUUGCUGAACCAGAGCCACUUCCUCGGUAUAAGAGGCAUCGACGGCAAAAGGCACACUCAAUGUGUGUAUGCACCAUGCUGCGAAACCAAGCAAGGUUCCUCCAAGAAUGGAUCAUCUACCACUCACAUAUCGGUGUGGAGCGGUGGUUCAUCUAUGACAACAACAGUGAUGAUGACAUUGAGCAGGUCCUCAAUACCAUGGAUCCAUCAAGGUACAAUGUGACGCGCCAUCUGUGGCCAUGGAUGAAGUCUCAGGAGGCUGGUUUUGCACAUUGUGCUCUCAGGGCCCGAGAGAGCUGUGAGUGGGUGGGGUUCAUCGAUGUCGACGAGUUUUUGCACUUCCCUGGCAACCAGACUCUACCAGAUAUUCUCCAGAACUACUCAAACAGGCCGAGGAUCGGUGAGCUCAGGACUGCAUGCCACAGCUUUGGUCCAUCAGGUCGGACUAAAAUUCCCAAGAAAGGCGUCACAACAGGCUACACCUGCCGGCUGGCUGCGCCGGAGCGCCACAAGUCAAUUGUCAGGCCAGACGCAUUAAACCCAUCACUUAUCAAUGUGGUGCACCAUUUCCACCUGAAAGAAGGGGUGAGGUAUGUGAAUAUUGGUCAGGGAGUGAUGCUGAUCAACCACUACAAGUACCAAGUUUGGGAGGUGUUCAAGGACAAGUUUUCUGGGCGUGUCGCAACCUAUGUUGCAGAUUGGCAGGAUGAGGAGAAUGUUGGAUCCAGGGACAGGGCACCAGGAUUAGGGACCAAGCCGGUGGAACCAGAGGAUUGGCCGCAUCGGUUCUGUGAAGUAUAUGAUACCGGUCUUAAAGAUUUUGUUCAUAAAGCUUUCACAGAUCCAGAUACUGGAAGUCUUCCAUGGUAGAUAAUGGGUAAUCACUGUAUUUGAUCUGGCACGGCUCACAAUUGCCCGCAUGGAGAUGCACAGACAGGGAAAGAAACACAAAAAAGAGUUAGGUAGAAGAGUGAUUUGCUCUUUGGUAAAUGUUAGUCUUAAGGUUUUUCAUGUUCUUCUUUUCUAUUAGAAUCAUCUAUUUUUUUACAUAUGAAUUCUUUGUAGAUACAGAUAGGUAGCAGGUUCACUGUAAGUUUUCUUGAUGAAAGAGGAAAUGAAUAGGAUGACUACUUGACUUUCUUUCUUCA